CAACAAAGGUGGACCUUGAUAUCCAGGUGCAAACAACCUGUUUUUUAGGAAUCAAAAGGCAAAAAUCUAAUGGAAGGUUUAACAUCUGAACGUUAACUCUUUAUUGUUAUAUCUUUAAAAUGCCAAAGUGCUUAAGUUUGACUAGAGAAGUGUAUUUAGCUCAAAAUAUGGGCAAAACAGCAAGUCCAGCAAGAUAAUAUAAAAAUCCCUUCAUUCACAAAUAUACUCUUAUUUAAUUGUGUGAUUAGAUUGUGUCAGGUGCAGGUGAUGUUUGCUGUGACAGCCGUCUCUGACUGGAAUCAAUUAGAAGUAAACUGAGAUGAAUUGAAGAUGUAUUUUUAACCUUUACCAAAUAUUUUGGGUGAAAACUUUUCAGCUUCAGUAUAUGUGCCAUGAAAUAUAUUUGUCACAUUCCAUAAGCAUUUACAACAUGAGUUAGACACAGACAGCAGGCCCUUUAUAUUUCCUUUUUAGGAGAAUAAAAUGACCUGUGCUAAUGAAUGCAACUGUGUCAUGGAACUUGCUCAGAAAGGUAUGUAAGCCUGUUUUAACUGUCAACACAUGCAAUCUCCAGCCUGAUUAAAAUCCAAGAUAACAAAUCUUACUCUAAGCACAGUAUAUUUGUGCAUCUGACCAAUCUGUUGGUUUUUUUAAUUCAUUUUUAUUUCCCCUAACACAAACCCAUGUGUACUUGUCCAUCUACUGCCUGUGUUUUAAAUGUUACUUCCACUUUCAGAUGUGCUUUUCUACCAGUGGUUUUGAUAGAGGAGCCAUUUUUAACAGCCUUGUUUCUCCUUUGUAAUAAAGAGUGUAAUACGUCACACUUAUUUUUAAUGCAGUGGGAAGUACACUUAAAAAAUACAUUUACAUCUUUAGAAAUUACCCCAAAAACACAAUGAUGCUUUACUUUUUCCAUUUCUACGGAAUGAUCCUGAAUCCCUUGAGAGCCCUUGUGAACAAUACUGCUGUCAGAUCCUUGUGUCCACACAUAUACACUACAGUCCGCCUACUCCCAGUCCCACCACUUCCUCCACAGCUCUCACACUUGUGCAGUUCUUUCACUCACAUCAGAUAUUCAAUGUCUCACCAUCACAUGAAGAUCACGCUUGAGUUUUUGAUUUUAACCGAGGAAACUGCCGCAUCAGAAUUGAAUAUCAGUGGAUAUUAAAUACAUCAUUCUUCAACUUCUUUGCUGCUUUUUUUGGUUUGUUUUUUGAUUAAGAAAAACUUUUUGGAGAUACUUUUGGCCACAUUACAGCUGCAUGCAGACUAUAGCAGCUUGGGAGCAAUGUCAUCUCUACUUUCUCACAACAAAGAUCAGCCACACAUUAGAAAGUCGCUCUCUGACUCCUCUCCAACUUCAUCCUCUGCCACUACCAAGAGCCUGAGGCAUGAGAGACUGUCUAGGUUGAGCUCGUCUGGAUCCUCUGAUGUCUCCAACGACACAUCAACAAACCACGCUGAGUCCUACUUCUUACGGAGGGAGAACAGACUGUCUGCAAGGAAAAAGGCAGAAGAGGAGAGUGCAAACAAUGACUAUAAAAAGAUGUAUGAAAAGGCACUGGCCACCAAUCAAAGGCUCAAGUCCAGGCUGGAAACAAGUAAACAGGAACUCACCAUGAUUCAGGACCAGCUGCAGCGAGCACAGCAGAAGGGAAGACCAGGAGAUUGUGGCUCCAAUAUGCUUGAGACAGAAAAAAAGGAGAGUUGGAGUCUAAAAAAGAAGAUAUCAGACAUGGAAGAACAGUUGAAGGUUAAGGCAGAGCUUAAGACGGAGAACCAGAGACUGAAGGAUGAGAAUGGAGCUUUAAUCCGGGUCAUCACUAAACUGUCCAAGUGAGAGAGGAAGAAGGAGAAGAAGAGGGGCGGAUACCAGCAUCUAUAUUUAUAUACCUGCAUAUUUCUUACAUUCAGCCUAUCCUCAAAAAGAAUAUAUGUACAUAGUUUUCCAGUCAUUUUGGAAACUUGACUUUCUUUUCAUUGUCUGUUGAGUAUCAAACAUUUGCAGGGACAAAGACACAUUUCACAUAAACUUCCUGCUACUGUAGUGGAUCUACAGCAGUAACACAUUCCCAGACAGAAAACACAUUCAAUUGAAAUUCAUCUUAAAAAUCAUCAUUCAUGCCA